CAGCAACUACCAACAAGAACUGCAUCACAAAUUAUUAAAAAUAUACAAUUGUAUAAAUAAAUAACAAAUUAUCUAUUUUAUAUAAGUUUUAUAACACAAAUCACAAUGUACAACGGCGAAUGUAUAGCAAUUAAAGAUAUUAAACCCGGCCUAAAAAAUAUCAAUGUUAUAUUUAUUGUACUAGAAAUAGGAACCGCUACAGUAACCAAGGAAAAUCGUGAAGUUCGAAAUUUUAAAGUUGGCGAUCACACAGCCUGCAUUAAUGUUAGUAUAUGGGACGAACCUGGUAAGCUGAUAGCACCGGGGGAUAUAAUCAAAUUAACCAAAGGCUAUGCAUCAAUUUGGCGUCACUGUUUAACUUUGUACUCUGGCAAAAAUGGUGAAGUCUAUAAGGUGGGAGAAUUUUGCAUGACAUUUAAUGAGGCGGUCAAUAUGAGUGAACCGAAGAGACCAGACCAGCAGCAAGUUGGUGGUGUUACUGGUGCAAUAACACAAGCCGGUGUUGGAGGAGGCAUGGUCUUAAGUCCAGCCCAAAUGCCGGCGGGUACAGUUGGAGGUGUAGCACCUAAUGUUGUGGUCAGUGGACAAGCGCAACAGUUGCCGGCCGGUGUUGGUGGUAAUGGCAAUACAACACCCGGCGUUCAAAGAUUACAGCCACAGGUCAUGGGUGUAGCGGUUGUAACAGGUGGGGCUGGUGGCAUUGGUACUGGUGGUGGUAAUGUACAAGUAGCUCCAAAAACAGUAGCUGGAAUGCAAGUUGGAAUUAUUGGUAAUGGAACGUCCGCCAAGCCUAAUACAUUAGGUGUUACUGUUACGCCAGCUGCGAGUGUUACCACAACUCAGACCCAGGCGAAAACAAAUAGAGGAGGUCGUACAAAUAUAACAAGAGCUAGCAAUAUAAAAGCCGAAAGAAGAUGAAGUUUCACAUAAUUUUAAUAUUUUUAAGUAAAAAUAACUUUAACAUAAGUUUAUACAUUAGAAGAAAAGAUACAAAUACAUCAUCAAAUUCAAAAUUUAAUAAAAA